AUGAGAGAUUCAAAUUACAAGUCUGUAUCAAGUAAUAAAGCUGCGGUGACCAUCACCACUAGCCUUUAUGAUAGAAGAGCUUUAGAAGUCACGUCCGAUAAACCUCUUGUCAAUUCUUUAAAUCAUUUAACUUACCUCGUUUCAUCUUCGGCUAAAGUUCGAGAAACUUUAUCAAAUGAUGGUGGGAUUGAACGGUUGAUUGAGAUUUUACACGAAUGUCAUAACCUGACUUUCAAUUUAAAAGAUAACAUUUUCAAUAGCGAAAAGAAACUUCUCACCGCUUGGAAAUGGACUUUGGCUUUCCAAUGUUUAGUUUUAGUAGGUACAAGGGGUACCGAAAAAAUAAGACAAAAAGUUGUUAAGGCUGGUAUGUUACCCAUUAUUGCCACUGUCUUAGAUAAUUACUUAACUAUUCAUGAAAGAACUUUUCUUCAUGCAAAUGUACGUCCAGGUUGUGGGCAUGAAAAUUUUAAUUGCCAACAACCAUCAACCCAAUUGCGCCUGUCAAAUGAAUCCAAUGUCAAUCCACAACAACAAAGGCCUCCAGCUCAGCAGCAGCAGCAGCAGAAUCGCCGUACCCUUAACACUCAAAGAAAUCAACCACCUACAUUAGAUCCUCAAGUAACCAAUAGAACUGCGCCAACUCAAGAUACGGGACUCCUGUUUACAACUCAACAUAACCAACCUCAAAGUAAUAUGAAUAUGGAGAACCUUAAUAGUCAACCCGAUUCAGCACCUGCUACUGCAAGUGAAUCUUUUCCAGAAGUUGGAUCCACUCAAGAAGUCGCAUUUGAUAAUACAACUACAAAUAAUAAUAAUAAUAAUACCAAUAAUAAUAAUCGAAAUAUUAAUACAGCUAUUGACAAUGCUACCAGCAAUUUUUUAAAUCAAAUUGACUCAUUUUCAAGCUCUACUUUUCCAAUCCAAAUCACUCCUUCAUUAGCUUCAGAUACAGUUACCAGCACAUCUAUCCCCAAUAGUAAUUCUAUGCCUAAUUUUUUCAAUGGUAAUCGCUCAGAUAAUUUAACUAGUGAUGACUAUGAUAGUUUGACCGUAGAUCAAUUAUUCAAGCUAGUUCAUGUGAAUGGGAUCAGUGGUACACAAUUCAAUAACAAUGGUGUAUCUACCAACAAGAGUUUAGCAAAUAACGAUAUCAAGCGAAGAUAUUUGAUUGUUAAUAUUAUCAAAAAGUUACGAGAGGAAAAGGAGGACGAUUUACUUGAUGAUAAAUUCUUGGAUGACAAUGAUUAUGAAAUGGAUAAUGGAUUACAAUUUUUAUCAGAUUUGUAUUUGCAAGAAGAUCGAAAUAUUCAUUUGGGUAAUAUGGUUACUUCAAAAUCUGCUCCUCGAAGCUUUACUGAAACUGGAGUUGUUAUUCCGAGAGAUGAUGAUAUCGUUUGGUCUUUACAAUUAUUAGCAUAUAUAUCAAAAUAUCCUCAUCUCAAAGAAAUAUUACAGAAUACUGAUUUAGUAAUAGAUAUGAGUAUACGGGAUAAGCAAUUGAAAUUAUAUCUUCAAAAGCAAAUGAAGAUGAAAUUAAAGAAACAACAGAAGAUUAAUUCAAGGCCAACCAUGACCCCCAAACUGAGAAGAUAUAAGUUUUUCAAUCGACCCGCUCCUGAAAAUGGUAACAACAGUCUUAAUAGUAUCAGAAAUAUCAAUCCAAUAACUACCAACACAUACUUGGAAAGAUUUAAUGCCUCAGCAUCAAGCUCACCUCAAAUGUUGAAUGACAUAAAUAGUAUUCAAAAUGAGGAUUUUAUUUUGGAUGAAGAUAAAUUAGAUUUAUGUAAUAAUAAACCAGAUGUUGAGGAUUUAAUUGAAGAUGCUGAAGCAGAAGAUGACGAAGAUGAUUUUGAUGAUAAGAACAAUGAAGAUGAAGAAGAUGAAGAAUAUUUGUCAUGUUUGGCAGGAACCAAUUUAAAAAGUGAAGAAAAUAGCUCAUAUUUAAGUAAAUUAUAUGAUUCUAUAAUUGAUGCUGAAUCAAUUGUUAACGAUUUAGAUCGAGAAAUUGCUUUAUUUCAUAUCAGUGAUAAAAUCAAUAGAUAUAUUGAAUUGGAGAGUAAAAAAUUAAGCAACUCAAUUAUUCAAAAAAGAUUAGAAAAGAAGAAAUAUUUAAAAGAGAAAUGGAAUUAUGAUACUUAUGAUAGUUUUGAUAUUGAUGAUGAACCAUUUGGGUAUAAUUCAAAUGAAGAAAAUGAUUAUGAUGAUUCAUUAGUUGAAUAUAAAAAAUUUAAUUUGUUUCCAAUGGUUGAAAAAUUUACAUUUUUAGCUGGUACCGACAUGUAUUAUUGGUCAGGAGUAAUUAUGAGAAAUUCAUGUCGUCGUAAUGAUUUCAAAGGAGGUGUUAGACAAUGUGGAAAUCUUGAAUGUGGUAAAUGGGAAAAAUAUCCAAGAGAAUUUUCAAAAUGCAGAAGAUGUAAGCGUACCAAGUAUUGUUCUAGAGAAUGCCAAAUGAAAGCAUGGCAUUGUCACCGAAAUUGGUGUAUUCCAAGUAAUUUAUCUAAUACUACAUCUAACACCGGUAAUUCUGCCAUCAAUUCAAAUUAUGGAAAUACCGCUUCCAAUAUAAAUGAAUCCAGCGCAGAUGAUGGUGCUAACAACAACAAUACUAAUACUAAUGGUGAAGAUAUCUAUAUGGACCAUCCAACCAGUAGUUCUUAA